AUGUGGUCGCUUGUGGUUCUCUUGCUUUCAGUGGGAUACGAACCUGGUCAGACAGGCUCCACGAUGUGUGACAUCAAAUCAGUAAAGGACCUUGAGAAGCAGGGACAGUGCAAAUAUCUGCGAAUGUACACGGAUAAUGAGAAAAUCAUGGAGCAUCCACGGCUAUUUGAUAAAAUAAAAACGGUAACUACAAUCUUUAAACUGAAGUUGUUCAAUACAACAUUAACUAGUUUAACUGAAACAGAAGUUGUGAUGUUGCCACAAAAAGCAACGCUUGAACUGCUCGACAAUCCUCUCUUGCAAAAGCUGCCUGAAUUCAAUAUAGUUGACGGAAGAAAAAUAAACAUAAAGGUUUUGAACAAUCCGAAAUUGGAUACUACUCAGCUUCUAGAGCAGUGCAAGAAAAAGAGAUGUCCCACUAACACUAUUGCGAACAUCCAAAAACCAUAUACAUGCACAUUUCAUCGCCCGCUACCGGAAGGAUGUCGCUUCGUUUUUGACAGCGUUGAUCUCAGAACUUACGACAGCUCUUUCGAUCAAAUUGAAGUGGUUUACGGAGCUCUGUCUCUUCGAGAUAGCAACGAAAAAGAAUUUCCGCUUUUGCCUAAUCUUCGACAACUUUCGCAGAAGCCCGGCAUGCCGGUAUUGGUGAUAGAGAACAACAAAAACCUUACUGAUUUGAAAGCACUAUAUACUAUCAACAUCAAUGUCGAUGAUAUGAACAAUGCAAUGCGAAUCAAGGAUAACCCGAAACUUUGCAUAGAACAUCACGAUGCGAACGAGCCUUUUGUUGUGAAGUUUCUGUCAAAGAUCGAUUCUUGCAGAGCAUCGUCCAGGAAUGUCGUAUUUGAACACUCCGUCUAUCUAACUAUAUUCCUACUGAACUUUUUGUGGACUGACUAGCUGGCGUGAAG